AUGUAUGCAGGUGUUCCUCUAAUUUGUAUUCCAAAUGGAGCUGAUCAAUUCUAUAUUGCUUCUAUUGCUGAACAUUUGUGUAUUGGUAAAUGUGUAUGGGCGUCUAGAAAAGUGAAUGAUAAAGAGAUUAAAAAUGAAAAUUUUAUUGAAGAUUUUUUUUAUGCUUUGCAUGAAAUGAUGAGAGGACAUAAGUAA